GCAGACGUCCACGCCCGGCGUUUACGCGGUCGGUGAUAUCGCGACUUUCCCUUCCAAGUACGGUGGCCUCAUGCGGUGUGAGAACGUCGACCAUGCCCGGAAGUCGGCAUCACAGGCUGUGAAAGCUGCCAUGGGGGUAGAAGCCCCUCCCUAUACGUAUCUCCCGUACUUCUACACCAGGGUCUUCGAAUACACGGACGCGCCCAUUGUGUUCAACUUCUUCGGAGACCAGUCAGCCCCGCAUCCAUUUGCAAGCGCCGGGGGGACUGUUUAG